CUUCACUCUGCCCAUUUCACUUCGAUUCAGUCUUCGUCCUCCAUCGUCGCACCAUCUUGUUGUCCUCGCCUUCUCCCCAGCAGUGUACGGUGGAUUUCUAGAAUUGGCCUGAGAAAAGACUUGCCAUGCAUGAUAGGGCUCGCCCGCACUGAUUCUGGGUCCUUCCGACGCUGAGCGCUCCCAUACCCUCACCACCCUUCUCCUCGGACUGAACCGGGUAGAUGCAGCAGAACUCAAGAGGCGCCCCCGAGCAGAGGAGCGGUAAGCGCAAAUCGAUCGGUAAAAGAAAGCUAUCCGAUUCAGAAGACGCCUCGCGCCAGCAGCCUCAGCAGCAAGCGACCAUCUCCGAGCUUCUUUCACGCAGCAAUCACCACCCCGCUCACGGCGACGGCCGAAGCCAUCAGCACCAGUCCCCGACGACCAAGCGUCUGCGCCUGUCGCCCACCCUCCCAGGCCCUUCCUACCCUCUAGUCAGCCCUCAAGAACAGACCUCGCCCGAAAGGAUGUACAACUUCACAAAUGCGGAGCCUCGGUUAGGCGAGGCCAUGGGCCACACCGCGGGCGGGGCCGGCGCGGCCAACCCUGCGGUCCGACCUCGGCCGUUCAAUGCGGCGUCGCGCCAGGGCAACUUCACCCCGCAUACUGGUGCGAAGCGGCUGGUUGUCAAGAAUCUCCGGACCGGGUCCCGGUUGAACCCGGAUGCAUACUUCGAGAAGGUCUGGGAUCAGCUUGAUGCCGCGCUAGUGGCAAUCUUUGGUGGCGGGAAGCCGGAAAAGUCGCUGGAGGAACUCUAUAAAGGCGCCGAGCAUGUCUGCCGACAGGGGAGAGCUGCGGCCCUGGCCAAGCGGCUCUCGGAUCGAUGUCGGGACUACGUCACUGGGAAACUGCGCGAGAAGCUGACGGCGCAGGCGGCUGGUGGCACCAACAUUGAAACAUUGCGGGCGGUCGUCGAGGCAUGGUCGCUAUGGCAGUCCAAACUGGUAACCGUCCGCUCCAUCUUCUAUUAUCUCGACCAGUCCUUCCUCCUCCACUCCAAAGAGUUUCCCGUCAUUCGCGAGAUGGGCUUGAUCCAGUUCCGACAGCACAUAUUCUCCGAUCCAGUAUUAGAACCAAAGAUCCUGCAAGGCGCUUGCGACCUCGUGGAAGCGGACCGGGACGAAGCAAAGAGUACGGUCGCUGAUUCAUCCUUACUCCGCAAUGCCAUCGAUUUAUUCCAUGGACUUGAUAUCUACACAUCCGCCUUCGAGCCGGUCUUUAUUGCCGAAUCGGACAAGUUCUUCUCUUCAUGGGUUCAACGAGAAGCAGCCGGCUAUCUGGCGACAUUGGCGGAGAGCAGCCAUAAGUUGAUUGAGCGGGAGGUCAACCGAUGCGAACUGUUCUCUCUAAAUCGAAGCACGAAACAGAAACUUGCAGAAAUUCUCGAUCGGACUCUGGUCGCUGAGCAGGAAGGGGUUCUGCUCAACCAGAAGGAUAUACUGGGCCUCCUACGGGCGGGUAACAAAGUUGCCCUGGAAAGGCUGUACUCCCUCCUCCAACGCAAAGACCUGGGGGCCAAGCUGAGGACCUCAUUCAGCGCCUACAUCAUCGAGGAAGGGUCCGCGAUCGUGUUCGACGAGGAGAAAGAAGCAGACAUGGUGGCGCGUCUGUUAGACUUCAAGCAACAGCUUGACGACCUCUGGAAUGGCUCAUUCCAUCGCAACGAAGAGCUAGGCCACGUCCUUCGCGAAGCCUUCGAAACGUUCAUGAACAUGGGGAGAAAAUCCGCAUCUACGGGAGGAACCGACAAUCCCAAGACUGGAGAAAUGAUCGCAAAAUACGUGGACAGGCUACUCAAGGGCGGCUGGAAGCUGGCCCCUACACGAAACGCGGAGGAUAUGCCGUUGGCAGAUGAAGAUGCCGAAAUCAACCGGCAACUCGAUCAGGUCUUGGAUCUGUUCCGGUUUGUUCACGGAAAAGCUGUGUUCGAGGCAUUUUACAAGAACGACCUUGCGCGCAGGCUGUUAAUGGGCCGGAGCGCCAGUGACGAUGCGGAAAAGAGCAUGCUUUCGAGGCUCAAGACUGAAUGCGGAUCAAGCUUCACUCACAACCUGGAGUCCAUGUUCAAGGACAUGGAUGUCGCGCGUGACGAGAUGGCCGCCUACAGCUCCAUCCAACGCGAACGUCGACACCGGCUCCCGGUUGACCUGAGCGUCAGCGUGCUUUCAGCGGCCGCCUGGCCGACAUAUCCCGACGUUACGGUGCGGAUACCCGCCGAGAUCGCGACUAGCGUGGACGACUUCGAGAAGUUCUAUCACACCAAAUACAACGGACGGAAACUCAACUGGAAGCACCAGCUGGCGCACUGUCAGCUGCGCGCCAGGUUCCCCAAGGGUGACAAGGAACUCGUGGUCAGCUCAUUCCAGGCGAUCGUCCUGCUACUGUUCAACGAUCUUCCAGAGGGCGGAUUCCUGACCUACGCCCAAAUCCAGGAAGCCACCAUGCUGUCCGACCAGGAACUCCAGCGAACGCUCCAAUCCCUCGCGUGUGCGAAGUACCGCGUGCUAGCCAAGAAGCCCAAGGGCCGCGAGGUCAACAAGACGGACGAAUUUGCCUACAACCCCGGGUUCUCCGACCCGAAGAUGCGGAUCAAGAUUAACCAGAUCCAGCUGAAGGAGACCAAGGAGGAGAACAAGACGACGCAUGAGCGGGUCGCGGCGGACCGCCACUACGAGACGCAGGCGGCCAUCGUCCGCAUCAUGAAGAGUCGCAAGACCAUCACCCACCCGGAGUUAGUGGCCGAGGUGAUCAAGGCCACGCGGAGCCGGGGAGUGCUUGAGCCGGCGGAGAUCAAGAAGAAUAUUGAAAAGCUCAUCGAGAAGGACUACAUGGAACGCGAGGAAGGGAACCGGUACCAAUAUGUGGCCUAGACCGCAACUUUCCUCUUUUUUUUCCUUCGUGUGGGGUGCUAUGGUGUGCUGGUGUAAUGAUUUCAGCUUACCAUAUCCCAUCGUAUUGAUGACGAUUACGGAGUAACCUUGUUUAAUAUAACUAUGGCAUGAUAAUGACCUG